AUGUUUGGUUUGAUUCCACCGUAUCAAAUCCUCGUCCCUUACCUAAGAAAGUCUUCUAAAAAUAUCAAAUGUACAUUUGAAUUUUCCGAUAAUACAAACAUACACGCAGAAAUCCAUACCUGCCUCCCUCGUAUACUAUCGUUUUUCAAAGCGGUCUCUUCUCCACUCCUCCCUUGCUUGGUUGCUCCAACUUACCGGCGAUCAUCGAUUCCGUUGCCAACCGAUCUUCCGGGGACGUCCAUUUUCCUUUGGCCUCCCGUAUGCCGAUCUCUUUCUUCCGGUGAAAGAAAACAUCUUGUCUCUCAAUCCAAAUCAAAAUUGAUCACUAGAUUUUUAACAUUUUGA